UUUUCCUUUUUCCUUUUACAUCUCUCUUUCUCUUCCUGAACAACUACUCUGAGCCUCGGCCUCCGUCCCUCUGUCUCUGGCUCCUGCAUCUGUCUGGGCUCCGGGCCUCCCUCUCCCCCUCGCUGCCCCUCCCCUGCGCUGUCAUUCACCCCGCUCUUCUCAGCGCGCAGCCAAUGGAGAGACCCGGCCGGAACGCCGAGGCUCGCUUGCACCGGGCUUUUUCGCCCGGUGAUUGAUGUCCCAGAGUCAACAGCGAGCGAGCGAGCAGCCGGAGAAGGGAAGGAGCAGCCGGAGAAGAGAAGAAUACGGCGCCCCCUCUUCUCCCCCCUACUUUAGCCCUUCUGCGCACUUCGCCUCCAAGUCUCGGCGCAGCCAGGAGCCGCAGCCGCCUCCGCGCCCCUGCGCGCUGCCCCCGAGCCAAGCACAGAGCGCGCCGCCGCCCGGGCCCCCCCCGCGGGGCCGGGGCCAGCAUGGAGCACCUGGGGCCGCACCACCUCCACCCGGGCCACGCGGAGCCCAUCAGCUUCGGAAUCGACCAGAUCCUCAACAGCCCGGACCAGGGCGGCUGCAUGGGGCCGGCCUCGCGCCUCCAGGACGGAGAAUACGGCCUCGGCUGUUUGGUUGGAGGCGCCUAUGCUUACAGCGGCGCGGGCCCCGCGGCCGGGCCGGGGGCCGGGGGCGCAGGGGCCUAUGGCACCGGCGGCCCGGGCGGCCCGGGCGGCCCGGCGGGCGGCGGCGGAGCCUGCAGCAUGGGCCCGCUGGCCGGCUCCUACAACGUGAACAUGGCCUUGGCGGGCGGGCCGGGUCCCGGCGGCGGCGGCGGGGGUCCCGGCGGCGGCGGGGGGGCGCUGAGCGCCGCGGGGGUGAUCCGGGUGCCGGCGCACAGGCCGCUCGCAGGAGCGGUGGCCCACCCGCAGCCUCUGGCUACCGGCUUGCCCACGGUGCCCUCUGUGCCUGCCGUGCCGGGCGUCAACAACCUCACCGGCCUCACCUUCCCCUGGAUGGAGAGUAACCGCAGAUACACAAAGGACAGGUUCACAGGUCACCCCUAUCAGAACCGGACGCCCCCCAAGAAGAAGAAGCCGCGCACGUCUUUCACGCGCCUGCAGAUCUGCGAGCUGGAGAAGCGCUUCCACCGCCAGAAGUACCUGGCCUCGGCCGAGCGCGCCGCCCUGGCCAAGGCACUCAAAAUGACCGACGCGCAGGUCAAAACCUGGUUCCAGAACCGGCGGACUAAGUGGAGGUGA